CCAAAAAGGCAAAAACUUUGCCCAAAUUCCCAAUCAGAUUCAGAUUCCCUUGAUUUCUUUCUCCAAUCUCGAAAUUCUCGUUUGAUUCAUUCAAUUCGUUAUCUUCUCUACCUUUCGAUCCAAUUUUCAUACCUCCUUGUGCCUGCGAUUAAAAUCUAGGGUUAGGGAUUUGAAAAUUUCUCGCAUUUUUUUUUCGAUCUGAAAUUUUUGCUUGAUUCGUUUGUCUUUAUAGUUUUGCAGUGCUUGAAUUUAUCUGGGUAGUUGAGAAAUCUGCAGGAUUCCUCUGAUUUAUGAGAAAGUAUUGAACUUUAUGAACUUUCCAUUUUUGUAAUAUUUCUGAUUUGGGUUUGUGUGAUUAAGAAAAGCUGAGUUUGGUACUUUGGGAUUCUGAGAAGCUGGUUUGUGGGUGAUUUUGGAUUUGGUAUUUGCUUGGUCGCCAUUAUUUUCAGGUAAAAGUCAGCUCUUUCAGCUCAGAAAUAUUCAAAGAGAAGAGAGUAAGAUGGAUUAUCAAUAGUAAAAACUUUAGAUGCUAAUUUCUUAUCGAAAAUCAGUUAGUAUUAUUGGACUUUAUUUUAUGCUUGUUUUUAGUUUGGACUAUGUUGUAAUUCACAUGCAUACAUUCUAGUGGUAGGAUUGGUUUUUAAAAGAUGUUGCAAGUUAGAUUCCAUUUCUGUUGAAUAUAACACUCGGUCCUUUUUAAAGGACUAUUCGUCAGAAUCAAUUUUUUAAUAAAAGUAAAACGAAAAGAAAGACAACUCUUACCUGAGUGUAUAUACUUGUGUGUGUAGUAUACGUGUGCAAAUAUAUAUGUAUGGUGGAUUGGUGGAUAUUGUUUUGGUUUAUGGAAACCAUAUGAUCCAUCUAAAACUAGUAGCGUCGACUUAAGAGACAUUGGAAUACUUACUGUAUCUAUCUAUGAUUUUGUGAUGACUCUUUGUUGUAGUGUUGGAUUCUUUUUGUUUGCUGACUGAAUUGGUUGUGUCAUAAAAUGUGGUGGUUAUAUUUAUCCAAAUUUACAAGACCGUUUGCUGUUUGUUAUCCAGUAUACAAGACUUUUUAAGAUCUUUCUUUCCUGCUUUUCCCAGUUCUUCAUAACUUGGUUUUAGUGUGUAAGUCAUGUCUUGCAUAUUCAAAUGUGGCUUGACUUGCAGGACAAAAUGAUUAACAAACGGUCUUAUGGUGAUGAGAGUUCUUAUGAGGUUGCUUGUAAGCACCCAAGACAUUUGGAACACAAUAAUGAACCUGCUCCAUAUGUGGAUGUUUUUCCAUUUAGUGAUGCUUCCCAGAUAUUUCAAACUCCAGAUGGUGAAGGUCAGGGGAUUUGUAAGUUUGAAGAUGAAGGAAGGUCAGCAGCUGCAAGUGACAUGGCAACUGAGGUCUCAAAUGAUACCUUCAAAAAACUUGAGACUGGUUCUUCUGGAAGGAUGCCCAGAGAUUUGGGGGUCAACAACAGUAUUGUUGAAGCUAAUGUAAGAUCUGAGUCAGAAGCUCAUCUUUCAUUAUUCCCAGAAUUUUUUGGACCUGCAAACCAGUUGAGGGAUAUUCUUCAUUCUGACAAGAUCUGUUCAUCUCCUGUUGAUUAUUCUUCUCAUAAUCUAGUUUCUGUUGGACGUGACCAUCAAGCUUAUGUUCCAGACUGGGGCUAUGAGGGUUCACACACUUCAGGUGAUCCAGCUAACUUGGAUUCUCAACUUGAACAUCCAUUGGGUGAUGACGAGGAAAAGCUAAUGGGUACCUGUGUCCUUUCUAUGCCUGACCUUGAUGCAUCUGCAAACUCUUUCUGUGAAGAUUUGGGAGCCAGAGACAACUGUAUGUGUGCUGAUUCUGGUUCUGUAAGAUGUGUCAGACAGCACGUCAUAGACGCUAGGCAGAAAUUAAUGGAAGACCUUGGACAUGAGCGUUUUGAAGAGUUGGGCUUUUACGAAAUGGGAGAGGUGGUUGCAGAUAAAUGGAGUGAAGAGGAAGAGCAUCUGUUCCAUGAUGUUGUUCUCUCUAACCCCGCGUCAUUGGGUAAGAACUUCUGGCAUAAUCUAUAUGUGACUUUUCCUUCACGAGCGCAUAAGGAUGUUGUCAGCUAUUAUUAUAAUGUCUUUAUGCUCCGGAGGCGUGCUGAGCAGAAUAGGUUUGAUCCGCUAAACACUGAUAGUGAUGAUGAUGAGUUGCAAAAAAGUGAUUUUGGACUGGUGGAGGAUAAUCAGGAGCCUGUGGUGGAAUCUCCUUUAGAUGCUUCUGUCUAUAAUCAGGAUUACCACUUACCGGAUCCCCAAGAAUAUAUUGAAGAUGUGGAUGACAUUGAUGGUUAUGAUGAUGGGGCCGGGGUUGGUUGCAAAGGUAUUAAUGACAAUGAGGGGGGUGAUAUAGAUGAUGGCCCUGUAGAAUCGCAUACUGGGAAUUCCCCUGGUGAUUGUGGCAGAUCUGCUGAAUUUCAGCUUUUGUGUAAAACUCCCGACGCUAGUAGGGGGGACUACGAUAUUCAAGAUGAUUCUUGCACCUCCUAUGAGUAUCAGCGAGACAUGUAAAGUACCAUGAGAAGUGAUGCAAUGGACUGCAGUGCAGGAUGAACAUGCUCGUUAUGGUGAUGGGAAAGCAUCUGACUGAACCAAGUGCUUUAUUAAGAUGAUAAGUUCACGAAGAGAAGGGAGGCCAAGGAUUCUCAACUGGCUCUAAAUUGAAGUAGAUUUCCUUCAAUGUCUUCAGGUCCUGGAAUAUGGGUAGCUUCAGAUAAUGGAGACUCUACUGUAAGUUGUGUCCAGGCGAUGUUCUUUUAGCGGGUAGAAAUUAUGCUUGUGAAACAAGAUCUUGGACAGAAACUAACAAAAUAAGAAGGUAGUUACAGUUUCACCGUA